AUGGCCGCCCACCCGCGAUCUACGUCGCCGCCUCCCUCCGUGCACUACGCCUGCUAUGACCAGCCAUCGUCCUCACGCUGUCGACACCUGCCUCCGCCGACCAGCAACGUCACGCCGUCAUCACGUUCGUCAUCGAAGGAAAUGGAUCCGGCUGAAAUCCUCGCCGCCGUGCAAGAGUUAGAGGAGAAGGGAGAUUAUGAUGGCGAUGAUUACGGCGAGGACAACGAAACCUCAUCACGGAAUAUGGAUGAACCUGGUGAGGAGAACUACAUGAGUUUGGAUGAAUCUUAUAGUGGCAAUCGACAUGGCGAUGAUGAUGAUGAUAUGGAUAUAGAUGAUUCAUUUGCUGAAAGUGCACUCCGGAUGGACAAGGACGGGGACUUUGUGAAGAAUAUUGUGGACGAUGAAAGUGACAAAUUGCACGUUGAUGCAUCUCAUGAUGACAACUCCAGCAAAGGAGAUGUAGAUGGUACAAGUGGGAAUGAUGAGCAUGUUGGUGAUGAUCUAUUUAAUUUUGACAUCGGAUUUGAUGAAUAUCAGCAAGAAUCAUUGGACAUGCAUUGGAAGGUCAUGAGGAAGACGUUCAAGUCACUAGGAGAGGCUUACAAUUUCUAUAAUCAGUAUGCUUACGAGCGUGGUUUCAGCGUAAUAAAGGACUCACUGGAAUAUUCGAAAGGUCCUGAGGCAACUAAGCGCUUGAGUAAGUAUGUGUGUGCGAGAGCUGGGAAACGACACGCAAAACUUUGUACAAUGGAAGGUAGGACCCGCAGGCUGAGAGGGGAGACUCGUUGCUUCUGCGAUGCGCAUAUAACUUUGAAACUUGAUAAAGAGCGUGACGUUUGGUAUGUCAGCAGUUUCAAUGAUGAUCACAGUCACGUUCUAGCUAGACCGGAUGAAGUCACGUUUCUUCGGUCUCACAAUCAGAUAAAAGAAUAUCAAAAGGCUGAGAUCUUAACCAUGGCAGGUGCUGGAAUCUGGAAACAUAUGAUUUAUGAUCAACUCGUCAGUAGGUACGGGUCAUAUGCAAAGGCUGGUUUUGGGAGGAAGAAGCUUUAUAACAUGUGUUAUAGAGAAAAAAUGAAGUUGCUUGCACAAGGUGAUGCAGACACUGCCAUUGGGAUCAUGAUGACCAGAAACGAGAGAGAUCCAGAUUUCUUCUUUGAGCACACCGUUGAUGAUGAAGGAAGGUGCCGUCGGUCCUGUCUGACAUUAGAGGCCGGCGCACUUGUCAGCAAUUUUUUUGUAGAAAAGGAAAUUAAGAACGUCGGUGUUAUAAUAAGCGACGGCGACAGUGCUUUAAA